CACAGGAGGGACUAACUGCCGAAAGGACUGUAUAUUCUUUCUCUGUGCUGGAUUAUAACUUUCCUGGAAAACUAUCUCGGGCUCCCGGGGGAAGUGCAGAUUUUUCGAUUCAUCAACCUAGACGUAGAAAUGGUUGGCAUCAAGCCCAAAGACGCGGUGCCCUCUGCGGCGGUGAAGUUCUUCGGUGCUGGCGCGGCGGGCUGCAUUGCUGACCUCAUCACCUUUCCAUUGGAUACCGCAAAAGUCAGACUACAGCUUCAGGGAGAGUCUCAGAAUCUUAAAGGGGCCAGUGCAUUGAAGUAUCGGGGAGUGUUUGGCACCAUCACCACCAUGGUGCGCACAGAGGGGCCCAGGAGUCUGUACAACGGACUAGUGGCAGGACUCCAAAGGCAGAUGAGCUUUGCCUCGGUACGAAUUGGCCUUUACGACUCCAUGAAGCAAUUCUACACUCGAGGCACUGAGAGUGCUGGGAUUGUUACUCGGCUGUUGGCGGCAUGUACCACAGGAGCCAUGGCCGUGGCUUUUGCACAACCAACAGAUGUGGUGAAGGUGCGUUUCCAAGCCCAGGUGCGCUUGGCUAAUGGUGGGAGGAGAUACAACAGCACCAUGGAGGCCUACAAGACGAUUGCCCGAGAUGAGGGAGUACGGGGACUUUGGAAAGGUUGUUUGCCCAACAUCACCCGUAAUGCCAUCGUAAACUGCACAGAGCUGGUGACCUAUGACAUGAUCAAAGAACUCAUCCUGAAGUAUGACCUAAUGACAGACAACCUGCCGUGCCACUUCACUGCUGCCUUUAGUGCCGGCUUCUGCACAACAAUAGUGGCUUCCCCUGUGGAUGUCGUCAAAACGCGGUUCAUGAAUUCGCCAGACGGCAAGUACAAGAGCUCCAUCAGCUGUGCUCUCACCAUGUUGAGGAAGGAAGGACCCACCGCCUUCUAUAAAGGGUUCACGCCUUCUUUCCUACGACUGGGGUCGUGGAACAUUGUGAUGUUUGUGACAUAUGAACAAAUUAAAAGAGGUAUGACCAAAGGACAACAGCACUGGGAGUCACCGUUUUGACCUCCGCUUGUCAGACUCUUUCUUUAGAUGCGACCGCACAGACACAUUGGCCUCACCUUCACCGGGAUGCUGAGGUGACCCAGGGUUGGAAAAAGAUGUGAGGAAGACUCGUGGCAGCGAGAUGAAGCUCUUCGACUUCCCAAAUAAACAGACUCUGAGGGCAUCGUUGCAAUACCAGAAUGAUUUAGGGAUUUAAGUAUGAAGAGACGUUUUGUGCUUUUAAAAAUGAUUAUUCAGGAGUGUAGGACGGAUGUGAAAAUGUAUUUGCACAGGGUUACUGUAUGUUUGAUCUCUCUUCCACAUACUUUAUACAGGCUACUAACACCUUGUUCAGCUUUGAAGAUGGACGUUUACAAGAAUGAACUGUGAGAUAAUGUGAAGAAUGUUACUGUGUAAAUGUAUUUGUUAUUCAGAUUAGGAUUUCCAUGACACAUAUAGUCUUGCACAGACUAAACAGUGACCAUUUCUAUGUUCCUGAUGUUGCUUUCCGUGUUAUGGUUUACAAUGUUUACCAUUGUUUGUAUAUGCGAUCAGGGUAAAUCAAUGUGCUGCUCAUUGUAAAUAGCAUGAUUUAUUGCUGGUCGAUGAGUUGUUAAUAUGUUACAAACAGUAACAAAUGAUGCUAAAAUGAAUAAAUAAAGUGCCAUUUU